CAAACAAACAUCUCUCUCUCUGUAGGGUUCUUCUUCUUCCUCUUCUUCCUGAGUCUCUCGAUCUCCUCUCCCAAUCUCAGCUCUUACAGCUUCCUGUUGACCUUCGCCAUGGCAGAUGAUGAAGUUGUCGAUCCAAAGAAGUACCUUGAGGAAUCUUGCAAACCAAAGUGUGUGAAGCCACUACUCGAAUAUCAGGCCUGUGUCAAGAGAAUCCAAGGUGAUGACUCUGGCCACAAGCAUUGCACUGGCCAGUAUUUCGACUUCUGGUUUUGCAUUGACAAAUGUGUUGCACCAAAGCUGUUUGCAAAACUAAGAUGAAAAGAGUUGAAGCUGGAGACUCUAUUGUCAUAAGUUUCCUACAUGUGGUUUAAGUUGAUGUAUAAAAUGCAGUGGAUGUUGAACUUCUUUACUGCAAACCAGAAUGCCAAAUGGCUCUGCCUCUCGGUUUUGUUUCCAUCGCUAGUUUGCGCUUAUUAUAUUUUUUUUUACUACAGACGUUGUUACUGUGCUACUUGAGUAAUUGCACGCCUAAUAACAAGAUAUGUGCCUUUCUUUGGUCUUA